CCCCGAGGAAAAAACGACGUUUUGUUUGCUAAACCGUGGUUCUUUUACGUAAUAAUAGUGUCGCACAUGCGCAACGUACUUUUGAAUUAGAUUAUUAUUAGUUAUAACCUAGAACAAUUGAUUGGUAAACUUAUCGAUAAUCUUUAUUGUUACGGAUUUUUUUCUAUAAUAUUUAUAAAUAGUUAUAAUUUACAUAAAUAAAUACAAAUAAUAGAAUAGAGAAUGUAAAAUUGUCUAUAUAAGUUUUAUAUUACUUCAUUGCAAAAAAGUUUUAAUCGAAUCUUCGAAAUUCUUCGACCUACGACAUAAUCCAUCUAUAUGGUGAAUAAUCAUCAUGCAGCUGCUAGAUGAAAAUGAAUCAGUAUUAAAACUAGCUCAAUUCAGAAAAAUUCUUGAAAAGCCCCGUAUUAACAAUAAACAAGUCGAAUUAAUCAUUCAAGGUUUAGACCUAAAUUUUCAAGUUCCAAGUACAGCUUUCUUGGAGAAAAAUGACAGUAAAGUGAUUGGUGGUACAGUUUUACAUUUGGUUUAUAAAAUGAAAAGAAUUGAUAUUUUCAAUAAUUUGCUAAACAAAGGUGCAGAUUUCACUAUAAAAGACAGAGAUGGCUGUACAGUUCUUCAUAAAUCUUUUCAAGAUUUUUUAGACUAUUCCUCACAUUUGAAACUAAAUAAUCAACUUGAUUUAAAACCAAUAAUUGACGUAACACGUUUAUUUAUUACUUCAGUACUAGUAGCUCAUCUUAAAUAUAAAAAUACUUCAAAUCCUUCAGAUUGUGAUGGAUUAACACAUUUCCACAUUGCAUUAGCAGAAAAUCAUAUUCAGCUUGUUAAGUUAUUCUUAUCUAAUAAUGUAUCAAUUAAUCAAGUAACGAAUACGAAACAUUUCCCAGGUUACACACCUUUGCACUUUAGUGUUCAGUAUAUACUUCCCCACAUGGUUGCAUUACUUUUGAAACAUGGAGCAAAUGUAUAUGCAAAGGAUAACAAAGACCAUACAGCACUCCACAUCUGUUUAGAAAGAAUCCUUACAUGUAAUAAUACUCCUGUUAUGUCUAGCUUUGUGACAAAGAUUGAAAUAAUUAGACUUUUCCUGCUAAAAUAUUUUGAUUUUACAACACUUCCACAUAUUUAUGUUGUUGGCACUACGAGAAUUUCAUUACGACAGCUCAAAAAAUUGAUACAUCAUGGAUUUAAUGUUAAUCAAUCUCUAAGUACAGAUUCCAAGACAUGGCCAGGAUACUCAUUGCUUCAUUUGGCUUCACUUGUUAAUAUUCAUCCAGUAAAGAUAUUGAUAAAGCAUGGAGCAAAUAUACUGGCAGAAAAUAAAUCUAGAAUUACUCCUUUAUAUUUCAUAUUUUACAAAUUCAAAGCGGAAGCCGUAUAUGAGAUAUUAUCUUUAGUUCCAAAUUCGAAAAAUAUUAUGUUAUCAAAUAAUACGAUGAAAUUACUUGAUUUAAUUCUCUUAUUCAAAGACUUGAAUAAAAUCAGUAAUUUUCUUCAGCAGUCAGAAGAUAACGUCAAAUUGCAUGUAUCUUUUGAGGCACCUAUACUACCUGGUUAUUCUAUGUUGCAUUUAGCAAUACUAUUCGCUCAGAAAAUAGUCAUUAGACCAGACAAUAGAAAUAUAUCAAACCUUGAUAUAAUUAAACAAUGUUUAGAUCUAGGUGCAGAUGUGACUUUCCAAAAUGCUAACUGUUGCUCUGCAGUCCAUUUGGCCUAUACUUCAGACAGUAAAGAAAUUUUGAAUUUAUUAUUAAUGUAUCAUCACAAAAUGAUAAACCCUGUUGAUAAAAAUAAUUUAUCUCACCUUCACAUUGCUUGUUCAAUGAACAACUCUAAUCUAGUUGAAAGAUUACUGUGGAACAACGUUAAUAUGAAUGAAGUGUACAAAGGAACAUCUUGUUGUUAUGGUGUGACUCCUGGAUCGACACCAUUGCAUAUAGCAGUUUUGAGACGUAACUGUCAGAUUGUCAAAUUGCUACUUAGAUUUGGUGCGGAUCCCCUUAUACUGGAUAGUCGUUCGGAUACUGCAAUUCACUAUUUAUUGGAUGAUAGUCAAUCGAAUGAAAUUAGUCAAAUUUUAUUUUCGUCGAUAAAUUUUGCGGAUUGCGUAGAGAGAUUCAUGGGAGUCGAUUAUCUACAUGUCGCUUGUAGCUCCAUAAAUACCGAUGCUGUUAAAAAAUUACUUGCUCUCGGAGUAAACGUUAACCAGAAGUUGGCUCUUCGAAAGCUGGAGGAGCACAAUAAUUAUCCGCCAAAUUUAACGACUUUUGCAGAGACUGAAAAUACACCGAUACACACUGUGUUCAUGCGAUCUGAACCUUCGGAAGAGCAGGCUGAAAUCGUGAAAUUGCUGAUUAACCGAGGUGCUGACAUACUCAUCAAGAAUUCUUUAGGUUUUACCCCGAUAAGCUUUAUCUUAAAUUCACGGUACAAAUCAUUUCACGAAAUUCUCAUAUCAACAUUGGAAAGCAAAAAUAUAUUACGGCGACGCGUUGAGACUGAAACCGGACUGACGUUACUUCAUUUGGCCUGUCACAAGCUUGAUUUGGAAAUGAUGCAGCAACAAAUAUUGCAAACAACCAAUGUCAAUGUACAAAUCCGCGAAGACUCGACGAUCUGGCCGGGUUUCACUCCUCUGCAUGUGUUGAUCUUCGCUAUAAACGAUUCCACGGAGAACGAUGACCAUAUAGCGCUUAUUCAAUUACUGUUAAACCAUGGUGCUAACGUUACUUUGCAAGACAAUAAUAAAAGCACACCGCUGCAUAUAACUUACGAGUACCUCGAUAAAUGUCCAAGUAAGUUAUUCUCUGGUAUUUUGGGAAACAUCCGUAUGAAUAUGCUGUUGGACGCUCAGAGCAAUUUCGAGAUCAACCCAACCGACUUGAACGGUCUAUCUCACUUACACAUCGCCUGUAGCUUAUUGAAUGCCGACGUCGUGGAAAAAUUGUUAGUGCACAACGUGGGCAUCAAUGUAAAUUCGAAGAUCGACGUGUUUAUCGGUUCUGAUAAAAUGGCCGGCUCUACUCCGCUACUAUUGGCUCUGCGAAAUGACGAGUUACAGCCCCCUGCGGCAUACAAGCAAUUAAAAAUUUUCGAUAUGCUAAUAAAACACGGAGCGGAUGUCAAAGCCGCGGACAUCUCCGGCAACACCCCGGCGCACUUAGCAGCUUCUAAUCAAUGUAGUUGUACAAGAGAGCAUCUUAUACAGAAACUUGCCAAAUGCGGCAUCGAUAUGAAUGCCAGGAAUAUACUAGGAGAAACACCGUUACAAUCACUCAUUUUAACGGAAAGGGUGGGGCACCAGGAAAUACGACUCUUUAUCUCCUACGGUAGUAUUUUUAAUGACUUCAAUUCGAUUACGGGAACUGGAUAUAUAGCACAAUUUAUGAACGACAAUCAAUCACGUUACACGGAAUACUUUCUUGACAAUUUAUAUAAUGAUUGUCCGCAUGUGGUCAAAAAUGAUCAUUUGAAUCGCAGCUCUCUUCACAAUAUUGUUUCAUCUCCGUUAUCGGAAGUGGACGCGUCUGAGUAUAUAACAUGCUUUGAUGGAUUGAAGAAAUUUGGCUUAGAUAUUGAAGACAAAGACAACCUAGGCAGAACGGCUCUUCAUACAGCAGCUAUAUUCAGGAGCGACGGUGGUACUCGAGCAUUAUUAUUAUACGGUGCUGACAUAAAUGCAGUGGAUAACAAUGGUAAUACUCCAUUGGCAUAUCUUUUACCACCGUAUACACACGAUCAUUGUCCAAUGGACUGUACAGAAAAUCACGAUAAGGAGGAGGUCGAAUACAUCGUUGGAUUUUUCAUAAACCACAUUAAAAAAAUGCAUCUUAUGAAUCUGGAGGUGAACCAGAUAAAUGAAAAGUUACUGGAAAAAGCUAUUGAAUUAUGUAGUGAUAUGAUAGAAGAUCUAAGUCCCUUUUUAUCACAAGUACAAGAAAUAACGAAAUUGAAUAUAGACCCUUACUCGCUGACUAUUGCAGACUUUAUAUCAGAUUAUAGUGCAGUUACAGAGUUUUGCAGAAUGCCACAACCUAAACGUCAAGCAAUCGCUGAUUACUUUCAGAAAAAUACACCUCGAUUUCGGAUUCAAUUAAAAGAAGUUGCCGGCUUAAUACAACUACAAUAUAGGAAAGCUUUGAAGCGUUGUCAAAUUAUCGACGAUGCACUAGCGUCUUUGGCAGAAAUACUACGUUAUAAAUUUCCUGAUUUUAUUUUACAUAAAAUUUUAGAAUGUUUGAAAAAUUCGGAAUUGAAUUACUUGAUUGAAGCUGGAUUGCGAUUUGUCAACAAAGAAAUGUUAAUGCAAGUAGAUUAAUCAUAAUGUGCAAUAUAUGCUAUAAUACUUAGGUGAAACAUGUGAUAGCAGUGUCAAUUUCGUUGUUAGAUGCCUCGAUCUCGUUUAUGUUUGAUUCUAGUUAGUAGUUUAGUUUGGGACAGCAUUGUUUGUAAUCAAGUUUGAGUUUAAUUCUUUACCUAAAUCUGGAAAGUAGAAUAUAUUUUUUAGACUAUUUACAAAUAAAUGAAAUGAUUAAUUUUUGCAAACUUUAGUCAUGUGAAAUUGAAAAACUUUCAUAUUUGAUAAAUACAUCAAUUCCGUCAAUCAAAAUGUUCACCGUCUAACUCGUCCAAUUUUGUUUGUCAUAUACUAUCGCAAAGG